AUGAGGAGACCGGGGGAUGAGUGCGGUGCCGGGGCACGGGGGAGGGAGAGGAGAAGACACCGGGGAGGAGCCAGGGUGACAUGGGACGUUAUCAGGGGCCCUCAGGAUCUGCUCAUGGGCCGGAGGGGCACCCAGGAGGGUCUGUGUGACGACAGGGCGGAAGGGGGCACUGAGGGCGGGAAUGGGAGCUACAGUGAGGGUGCUGAGGAAGAGGAUGAGAUCAGGGACCUGCAAGAGGCUCCAAUGAGUGAUGAACGGAGUCCGAGGUCAUCAGAACGGGGUUCUGUGGAGACAAUCAGCGGCUGCAUUGUACAUAGCGGUUCCCAGCAUGGUACGGGUUCGCUGCAGGAGGAGAAGGCUUAUCAGGGUCUGACCAGGAGCUACACCAGUGAGGAGAAAUAUUGGGGAAAGGACAGUGGUGAGAUAACCUCACUGGAGGUGGCCAGUGGCCAUCAGGACAUGGCCAGUGGCCAUCAGGACAUGGCCAGUGACUGUAGUCUAGGGGACAUAAGAAGUGAAAGCCAGUCUGAUGGAGAGAGGAUACCCGAAAGGGAAGACAUAGUCCAUCAAGAGCCUGCUAAUGUACUGCAGUAUAUGAGCAAUGGCAGUGAGGUAAAGGACCACAAGGGAGGGUGCAAUGAAAGCCAUCCUAGAAACCAGGGGGAAGCAGAGAAACAUUUGUCGGAGAAGAGCCAACUUGAUGGCCAAGUAUUUCAAAAAAGGCAAAGGAAGAACAAAGGAAGUAAAGAAAAGAAGAGAAGCAGAGCUAACGGGGUGUGCAGGGAGCAGAGUAUCCAAGAUGGUCAACAAAGAAUGGAAGCGAGUAGCUUUCAGGAGCUAUAUAGGGGGCUGAGUGUAGAAGAGGAGGAUACUCAGCAAGAUGCUGAAGCAGAAGCUAGUAGUGAAGGAGGUUCUCGGUGUUUUCUGAGCGGUUGCAGGACUGAAGCAGCAUACGUAAGGGUUUCAGAAAAAGAAUUGAGACAAGAUAAAAUGGGGCCUGAAAUUAGUUGGAACAAAGCAAUAACGCAAGGCUGUGAUGGCCGGGGGUCUGGGGAAGAAGCACUUUUUUCUCCUAAGGACCAGAAUGGUCUUCUGGAGAUUAUGAAGAGCCAUAAAGGUGGUGAUCUGGAGAAUAAGGGAGAUUACAGUGGAUCUUCUGAAGUUUAUAGUAGUUACCGUUCAGAGUUCAGGAGUCCAGGCAAUGGUUCCAGCGGGUCUGGAGAAGGGACUGAGAUGGAGCAGGGCAAUUAUCAUGGUGCAUGCAGAGAGGUUUCAUAUGAUUUAGGAAGGUAUGAAAGGGACUGCAAUUGUGAGAUGGAGGACAAGAACUUCAACCCUUUAACCAACCACCAUAUAGAACCUAGGACAUGGGUUUGCUCUUCACCUUCUCAUGAUAAGCCAGUAAAUGUUGAGGAUAGGGGGAACUUGGAGGAAGUUGGCACAUGGUGCUGGUGCCUCCAUCUGUAUUUAGGGGACACGAAAGACACCAGUCAUGGUGAAAAUGAAAUCAUGAAUGAUGAUGAGGAGAGGUCCAAAGAGUGUGGUUAUUCUUUAAGAAGCACUCUCCGUGCGGAAGAAAGACCCGAUGGACAUAAUGGAAGAGAUGAUGGAGAUAUUCCUGAGCCCCUCACUAAGAAAGGGGGGAGAGUGGUAGACACCCCAGAACUGCAAGACUGGGUGAACUGGUGGCAGGGUUGGGCUGGCUCUUGUCGUGCUGUACCUGGCCACCGAAGGGGGGCAAGAACACAGAUUUUAGGAUGUCGAGGGGAAGCAAGAGCAGAACGACAGAAACAACAAGACGUGUGGGUUUUAAGGGAAUGGACAAAGGGGGAUUCUGGGAGAAGAGGAGGAGGACAAAAAGUUUCAGGAGGUGAUGUGUGGGUUCUGAGGAACCAAGAGGCAGGAAAGCAGGGGUCAGCAUGGCCGUUAGGUGAGGAGGAUAUAUGGGUUCCCAGAGAGCCAAGAAAACCGAGGGGGGCAUAUUUUGUGACAGACAAUGCAAAGUGGGGUCCCCACAGUGCAAAACCAGGGGUUUCAGAUAAAGGGGAGUCCUGAGAAAGAAAGGGUGGUGACAUAUACCUCAGCAAUUGGGGGAGGCACUAAACUGUUAUGUGUGCGUGUUGUGUGUGUCUGUGUUUCAGUGGGAUGGGGGGAGGGUAUCAGGGUAAAUUUAAUUGUUAAUCAGUCACCUUGUUUGGUUAAUUAGACACUUUGGGGUGCACUCUGUCUCACUGCAAUAAACUGAUUACUGGUGCUGCUUUCCUAUUUCUAUUUAAGGUGCUAAAUCCAGGUGCUAUAAGAAGGUGCUGUAUACUGCAUGCUGAUGCGCUUAUUUUUUUUUUUUUAUCUUAAUUUAUUUUAUGUUAA